UCUGCGAGUCUUCAAGGGUCUCCAUGCUGUCAAACAGUCUCUAAUGCAUGACAGCCAAUGGUGCAAUCUUAUUGGAACACUGGGAACAAAACAUGGAAUCAUGACUACUUCCAAAGUAAGGCCUUCCUCAAGUGGAGGCCCACGUGGUGGUCAGCAAGUGGUUGGAAGCACACCGUAUCUCGCUUCAGGUCCCUGCUCAUACCCCCUCUUCCCUGGGCACUGUACUCCAGUUCUUCUGCUUCUUUUUCCGGAAGACUUUGCUGAGACUAUGGCGCAAAUGCAGGGGCACCAUGGAGGUAGUGGCGGAUCGAGGAGUGAUGCUCCCGGGGCAGACGCCUUGGGGUCUUACGUGGCAGCAGGCAUCUCAGCAUCCCUCUUCAGUGCUAGCCUCGAGGACAGGCUGCAGAUGCUGCUUGCGCAGCGGGGACUAGGCCAACAAAAGCUCAAUGGAAGCAUGGGGCUAGGUGGACUGUCGGGAGGGAUGAGCGGAGUACCUGUACCAGAGGUUAAGGUCCUGGCAUCUGCAACUCGUCUAGCUGCACCUCUUAGUGUUGUGUCAAGGAAGAAGCUGUUGUCAUCUCUUGACGCACAAGCACGGUUUCUGUUGAAGAAAACUCGUGCUGGGAUGGACAUAGCAGGCACAGGAGUUGGGGGGCUAGUGAGCUCCAGGAGUGGAGGGCUAGGCCUUGGGGCCUCUGGGCCUGGUGCAGCAGGGACUGGUACUUCCACGGCUGGUGGAAUCGGAAGUGGUGGUGUUGGAGGAGGUGGGGUAUUGUUCACACUUGACCCUUCUAGGGCUGUUCUGUUGAUUGACCGGACUGCAAGCAGACGGCUUGGCGCCCUGGAUGAUGUGAUUGACCUACUGCGUACGGGCCAAUUUUCUUUAAUGAAGACUUGGGAGAAGGGUGUGGAAGAGGGCAAUGCCUCUGGCGAGGAUGUCCAAGCCACUUGGGAUUUCAUUCAGAAGCAGGUGGAUUCUCUUAGAGGAAAGGGUGGAGGAGGGGGUGCCUCAACUGGCAGUGUCUCGAGUUUGACGAGCAGCAACAACAAGACUACAUCGGCUGCCACGGAAUCCCAGGGCCAAUCUUUGCAACUUCCUACAUUGAAAACGUGGAUUCAGAUGUGCCAAGUGCUCUCAGCUUCUCUGGUAGAAGCUGCCACCAAAGAAGAUGAGCUGAUAUACACAGAGGCUGUGAAGGAUGUGUUGAGAUCCAAGGUGGGUGCUACGUCGCAGGGAAAGCGAAGAACUGCAAUGGGUAAGGCAUCCCCAUCAGGGCCUGAGUUGGGACUUACAUGGCUUCCAACGGAGUCGGAACUUGACCUGAGGUUCUCAGCAAUGCGCUGUAAACAGCUCCUGCCCUCAGCUAUGGAAGUGUACCUGCAAGGAUUACCUGCUCGCUACCCUACACGAAUACACUUGGAGAGGGUAAGCAUGGCGAAGAGUGCAUUCUUGGCCAUGGGAAGAGGAGUUGCAGUGCCUUCUUUCCUCAGAGAUCUAGAGGAGGAGUGUGAGAAAGUCUGGAGAAGUGGUCGGCGACGCUGUGAUGCGGUGAGUCUGACUGGACAUCCGUGCAUGCACGGUGUGCAUGCUGCAAUUGGGAGCAGAAGGAAUGGGGUGCAGCAGGAAGGGGCUGACGAAGAAACAAAAUGGGAUGAGAAAAAACAUUGCAGUGGAGUUGUUUUCCUCCAUGCUUGUGCUUGUGGGCGUUCACGACGGUUGCGCGAGGACCCUUUUGAUUAUGCCAGUGCCAAUUCAGAGUUUUACGAAUUCAAAGGGUGUGAGGGUAAACUGCAGGUAGCAAACUUGCCGUCACGACGUCGAUCUCCUGAUGGAAGAGGAGGAGGAGGAGCAGGAGGAGGAGGAGGUGAGUGUUGGGGUUUGGUUAGACUUGGCAGCGCAAACUACUAUUCUCCUGCAACGGGAGUGUUGCAGCCAGGUUUCGUCCCAGAUGGGAAUUUCUUGUCACCAUGGAGGAUAAUGAUCUCCCCUCAAGUUGAGGACAGUGGAACAGAGUCAGCAGAUGUUCGUGGUGAAGGUUUCCCCGAACAAGGACGAAUUGAUGGGCAGGGAUUCGGAAUAGUCUCACAGGUCCUGAAGAGCGGCUUUAAGUUGCAUGAUAACCAAGUAGAGCUUCGAGGAGCCAACAAAGUGAGAGAGGAAGCACCAAAAGUGAAAAAGGUAAAGGAAAAAGGACUUCCUGACGGCCCCUGGCCAAGGGUUGGUGAGUCCGGAGUGUUGGCCAUGGGCUCAGAGCAGGUUAGAAAGGGAGUGAGCAAUGCGAAAGUGCUGAAGCUGGGAAGGCAGGCUGCAGUAGCUUCAGCAGCAGCGGGGGCAAGGGAGGGUAUUGAAGAUGAUGAUGUGACUGGGUUCCCACCGCUGCCGCUUGCUAAAGGACAAACCGUCCGAUCGAAGGGUCUGCAAGAAGCAAUUGGAGGAAAGGCGGCAGGCGGCAGGAAGAGAACAAAAGGGGUUGAGAAUGUGGACAGCGCUGGAAAGGUGAAGGCAGAUAGAGAGAGAGUUUGGGAGGAAGUGGAAGCGAAACUGCAGGAGAAUAGCUCAGAAUGUGCAGAGCUUGUUGCCGGCAAGGUUAUGGGAACAGGGGACCAAGCAGGGUUGAGCGGUUUUUGGUGCACAGCCUUUAUCGGAUUUGAAUACGAAUGUCCGAGAGGUCACAGGUACUUUGCCAGGUUCCAAAGGUUGCAGGAGAAAGUGCAGCCUGAGUUAAUGGGAGGGCAGGGAGGCACUCCAGUCUCAACAUUCAGUCCCAAUUCGCCUCAUAUCCAGAGCCGGCAUCAGUAUCAGCACCAUGCUCAAAACCCUAAUCAACACCAGCACCAGCACCAUUUACAGCAUCAGGGAAGCCCAAGCAACCAAGGCGGAGGAGGUCCAAUGGAACCAGUCAGUGCUGGUGGCGCAGGGGCAGCCAAUCACCACUAUGCCCAACACCAUGUGGGUGUUAAAUUUGGUCGGCAGGAAGAAGACCAUGGUGCUGGACCUGCUAUGGCUGAGAGAAAGGGGGGGCAAAGCAGUUCGCGGGCAGGUGCUCUCCCCAGUGUCCCCAUGGCAAUGGGAGCCAGAGCUGCUAGACCGGCAACAGCAGGAAGAGGAUUAGCUGGAACAACUUCGGCCUCGGGAUGCCUGGGACAGCCCUCUGUUACAGCGGGACCAGCAAGGAAUCACCCAGGUCAUGGCAUAAGUGGUUGGCCCCAUGUCGAUCUGAUCGGCCUCAGGAACGAAAAUAUUCCUGAUUCCACUGACAAUGGAUAUAUAGAAGCCAACAGGGACCAAAGCGCAAGGAUAAGCCGUGGUGUGAAUAUUCAUAGAGAUGCAGAGUCUUUGCCAUCAGCUGACCUGCCGCUGUAUAGGGUGUGUUCGUACUGCAAGGCAGCAGGGAAUGAGACAAAAGGUGCAGCAAGAGAUGGGCUAGAGGGAGGGACUUUGCAGCUAGAGCAGGGGGAGGAGUGGGGAGAAGGGGUCUCUCAGCUACAGCGCAUCUUUGUGGUAACGCCGCCUCACCCGCUUCUUCUUGGAUCGAAUCCAUUGGUUGAAUUUCGGGAAAUUGAAAAGUGUGCCGGGAAAAGCCUCGAGAUGAUGGCCGCACCUCACGUGCAGAAUCAGCCCGUCUCCACUCCUUACGCACAGCAGCAGCAACAGCAGCAAGGAUUACCGAUGUUGGCUCAGCAAUUUCAGCCCUUGCGGUAUAGAACGCACGACUUUGGAAUUGGGUGUGAAGUUCUCCUUCCGCCUGAUAGUUUCCUCUGCCUGCGGCUGCCAUUUAUAUACUCUGUGGGUGCUGCAAACGACAUCCAGAGACCACUAAUGUACUGGCCUGAAAAACCUGAGGUAUCUGGGAGGGUAGUUGCAGGCACGGUGUUGUAUGUUGCAGGAGGAAGGCGGUCAGGAGAAAACGGAGUUGUUGAAGGGGCUGUAAAAGGCGGGGGGGGGAGUUGAGGAGCAGUGCCAAACGUCUGCAUGUCGCUGUUCCACGGGACGCGAACGACUCUUCACUGAUUAAGUGCCAAGAAGCUAAGGAUUGAACUUUCAUCCGUUGCCGCCAGGGAAACGUGAGAGCGGAGGUGUUUGAUGGGUUACCCCAUACAUUUGCCUGCAGGAAACUGUUGUUAUUCUCAGAAAUUGCGCAGUUGAACCUAUACAGUGUAUACAUCCAUCUGCAAAAGUGGCAUUCUUUUCAAGAACUGCAAAGGUGACGGGUGCCGAACGGAUAAGUUGUAGGCAAUAAUUAUUUGUUCGUGUGACGAGAGCUUGUGGAUGCUUUUGAAGCAAGCAUAUAGAGAAUCCUGAUCCUUCGUUCUUGUGGCGAGCUUGUGGAUGCUCGUGAAGCAAGUAUAUAGAGAAUCCUGGCCGGAAAACAAGGGCACGAGGUGUAGCAGACAGGGACCUUGCCCGUGCCCUGCAGCAGGUGUGGGACUUGCUGGUGACCAAACUGGAGGGGGAAGGGAACAUGCUGGUGCCCUGCGACAGGCAUGGAGCAUGCUGGUACCCUGCACAGAGGGCAUGGAACUUGGUGGUUCCUGCAGCAGCUUAUCUCGAGUUUCGGUUUACUGCUGUGGAUCUGAAGAUGCUGUGAAUGGGAAACUGGGAGCAAAUCCAUGACAGUAUGCUACAGAAAUUUCAGUAGGAGUCACGGCAGCGCGACAAACAGAGUUAAAAGAGAGGAUGGGGUGUCAACAGAGAGUUGAAACAGAGCAACAACAGCGCAUCUGUGCGAAAUUGAACCAGAGGGGCUAGUCACAUCUCAGCAAAAGUUGAAAGAGAGGAUGGCAGCAAUGAGUUUCAGCACAAAUCAGACAGCAUAGCUACAAAGUCUCUACAAUAGCACAAUUGCUAUUAGGUUGCCUGUAGCAAUAUGAUCAAGAAGAAAAGAAGGGAUGUCAUGUGCAUGGACAAGAUCCGUCAAGGUGGACUGGUGCGCCAAUCCUUGGCCAUUUAUGAAGGGGUGCUUCUCUGCAGAUGAUUAUCUCAGCAAGGGAUGUCCUUCGACAUGCAGAGUGAAUUGCUGCACAGCAAGGCUGAUCAUGAUCUGAUACAAUCCGCGCCGUAUCAAGAUUCUGUACACAAGGGAGAGAUGGAAGAAGGCUCUCUGAUUGUGCAAGCCGAGACCAUCUCCUCUUUGAGGAGGCAUUCAUGACAGUGAUCGCGGUGAUGAUCAGUAGUUCAAUCGCAUGGCCAGCCCAACGCCCAGUGAAAAGUAGUGGUCGGAGCCUGUGCGCUGCCACUGUUUGUUUUUCGGAGACCGCACUGUGGAUGGCUGGGCCAAAGAAGAAAGUCCCCCACAGAUGUGCAGGUAAUCUCUGGGAGGAGCAAGAGAGAUGACACCGAUGACCUUUAUACGGUGAAAAGUAAAGGUGAAAUUGCCCUCACUAAAACUAAACAAGCGCGUUCUUGCACAUCCAGUUAAAUUGGAACGAUACAGGGAAGAUUAGCACGUUCCUUGCGCAAGGAUGAAACCAAACAAGAGAGUCCUUCGGGACAUCGGUUAACAUUGAAACGAUACAGAGGAGAUUAGCAUGCUCCCUGCGCAAGGAUGACAUGCAUAAAUCGGGAAAUGGUCCAAACAAAUUAUUAAAAAUAAAAAAUAAAAACUUUAAAAAUAAUAAAAAAGGAAAAACUAAACAAAAGUGGCAGAAUAGU